UUAGUUUUUUUAGUUUAGGUUCUCUCGGUUGUUGUUUUGUGUAUGGUUAAUAAGCAGUAAUUCAAUUCAGUUCUAGUCCUAGCCAGUACAGUGUUUUCUCAUUAAAGUGCUACGAAAAUAGUUAAUUAGUAAAUAAAUAGUCCUUUACAUAAAAAAACUAGCAUUAGGUUGAAAAUUAAAGUUUCACACCCUGUUUGUACCUAUUUAAUCAUUGCAGACAUGAAGAUAAUUGUAAAAGUUUUACAAGGACAGGAGUAUGCUAUAGAGGUGACUGGCCAGACAAGGGUGUCAGAGGUGAAGGAACAACUGGACAAGUUGCUGGGAGUGCCUGUACUGCAGCAGAAGUUGUUGUUCACGGGUCGACCCCUCACAGAUGAAAAGUUGCUUAGUGACUACCCAACGAUUAAAGAUGGCACUAAGUUGAACCUCAUCGUAAAACAAGAGAAACAAGAGACCAGUUCAAAGAAGCUGCCGGAAAAACCAAGUAGUGGAGAACAGGACCUGACAGUCCUAAAGGAUGCUGCAUACAAGUUUUUGAGAGACUUCUACUCCGAGGCAGAGACUAAGAGAAUCGUCGAUGAGUUUGGAAAGGAGUUCUUGCGGUCAGUAUCUACCUUAAGUCUAGAUGACUAUGAGAGGAUAGCCACUUCAUGUCUUGAGGAGGAAAACCAACGAGCUUCAUGAGAAAUUAGAUGAUAAUAUUUGACUAAAGUUGUAGGAUUAAGUCAUCCUAUGUAUCUUUACUUACCAGUUGUUAUUUAUUUAUUAUUUAUGAUUUUUGUUUCUUAGUUUUUAGUCGAAGGAACACAUGGAAAAUAACUGUUCCUUUGCCUAAAUCUAUGUUUCCUGUAGGCAGGCAGAUUAACUUGUUUCAUUUCAUAGUUUACAGAUUAUGACGGUUUAUAAGCUAUACUUGAAAUUCACAAUCAGAAAUACAAAUAACCACUAAUACUUGUUUGAAGUUGUGUUAACAGAAAAAAAGAUUAAUUAUAAGAGUUCAUUCACAUCAACGCUAUUUUAUUUAACUAGUUUCCCUAAGCUGCACAUUUGUACUAAUUACCUAGCUUAGUGUAAAUUGUAAAUUGUAUCAUUGUUUAUUAAUAAAACUAUAAAAAAUUGUAUUCAAAUUUCAUUUAAAUUUUAGGUAGAAUCAGUAUACAUAAACUACUUUUUGUCUGUAAAAACAAAAAAAUCCUUCACAAUUUUUGUAGUAUAAAUGUUUACAU